CAAUUCGUUGCCUACCUAUUCAAGUGUGCAUGACCAGCAAUGCCGAUGAAGCGAUCGGGAUCUCCGUGACGGGGCACCUGGAAGGUGAUGGGAAAGCAGUCCGAUUCUAUGUUGAGAUGCAAAGCGCGGCAGUCCGUUUCAGCUUCCAUGGACGCUACUCAGAGCUGCGCCACCUGCACAGGGCGCUCUUGCACGUUUUGCGCGCGAUGGACAAAUCCCUCGCGCUCCCGCCGUUCCCACCCAAACACGUACUCGAGGACAUGCGCACUCGACCAAAGAUCACACAACGAGAAGCAGAGCUCUUCGAGUAUUAUACCCUCGUCGCGACAAAUAAGGUGGCAAUCGACUGGCUCGCCGCCCAGCACGAUAUUCGCUCAACUGUGGCCCCACAAGACGCUCCCAAAGACGGAGUCGAGUUUACACCACCCCAAAGCAUGGUGAAGCUGCACUCUCGUCGGAGUCGGCGAAGCACGAACCAAACCUAGCUUGGUAUUCUGCGAUUGAUACGAAUUACAGUGUUAAAUAGCCACGACACUACCUACUCAACUACUCGCCAGCACCGUCUGCGAGGAUGUGGGCGUCUUCUGAGAUGCCGUGGCGUCCGUUCUCUGCAUCGUUGUUGUCAUCCUCGUCCAUGAACUCGUCUUCGUACUCGAGCGGCGCCUCUGCGCCACCCAUCAACGCGUUGUCGGCAU